UACAUUUCUGGUGGUAUUCAAUGUUUUAUAGUAUGGUGAGAUUCGGCCAUUGGAGAAGACGUCUUCAGAGCAUUACAGAGACAUGGAUGAAAGUAUACCGUUUGUAGGGAGACGAAGAGACUGUGAGGAAAUAAAAGUUUGGUUCCGACAAGGUCGACACAGACUUAUACAGGUAUAUGGACCACCUUUCACAGGCAAGCAACGACUGGCUCAAAAGAUUAAGGACGACCUUGCUGAAGAAUGUAGGGAGAGAGGAUUACCAUUGAGAUGUAUAGGUACGUCGGGGGAGUAUACGAGGGAUUGGAAUGAUUGGUUGGAUGAGUUAGUGAUUGCAUCUGGCGAUCAAAGCAGACAAGACAACUCUUCUGAACGUUGUAUAACCAACCACAUCAGAUUGAUGACGAACGACAAUCAAUUUUCACGGAUCCUCUUUGUAUUUACAAAAGUAGACAAUGUUAUAUGUACACCUAUAUUGCAAGAGCAAUUUAUUAUGUUCUGCCAAAAAAUCUUGCAAAUCUCAAGGAAAAUAUUUAUCUUAGUGACAAGCCAAAAACGCAUUAUGUAUCCAUCAUCGCUAUCAAAGCGAGCCGUGUUCCUAGCCGGCGUUACAGAAUCCGAUGGGGUAUUAUUACUGCAAAAUGUAGCGCAAAGACAUGCUGAUAUAAAAAUACACUCUCGGGACAUUGUUCGUGGAUGCUGCUAUCUUCCUGGGUUAAUCGUGGAGGCUGCCAUGUUGUUGGACAACCCUCAACACGUGGUUAGUGUAGAUGAUCUUGUUGCCAUAGUACAGUCUCCUGGGUCGCUGAUGAAAAUUCUUUCAUUUCAUCGACAGAGAUUGCAAUAUUUCUUCGAUCGAAUGUCCGAAAACAUGAAGAAAGGUGCUAUGUUGUUAACACUUUUCCAGGGAUCCUUCUCAAAAGAAGCGGCAACGGAAGUUCUUUUACAAUCUAAAACGACAGGACAAAGUCCCUAUGUGUCUCUUAUUGAGUUGUGUGACCAAUCCGUGGUGUCGAAAUGUAUGCAAUCGGACAGAUAUGAAGUUAAUGCCUUUUUUCAUUGUCAUAUGUUAGAAAAUAUACAAGAUGUUACUGAAUUAAAUUCUGGCCGUUUACAAUUUACAAAAUUCUUCUGUCGGACUCUUCAAGAUAUAGACCAUAGAGUGUACGUGCAUGGACGCGAGAAUGUGCUGAAUCAUCUUCAUGCAGACUUCGAUAAUGUCCGACAGCUGAUGCAACAGACCAUGCAUUGUACUGAAGAAAUAUUUCCACUUCUCAUGCAGGUGGUUGUAUCUGCUGAGGAGGUGUUCACCGUCUGUUUCUCCAAUCAGGAGGUGGAGCGUUUCUACGAGAGCCUGAUGGCCGCAGCCUCAGUGUUCGGAACGGCUAGAGAAAGAGCACUGAUUCUUUGGCUCAUGGCACAGAAUAGCAAUCCCUACGGGAAAGAUAAAGCGAACAACAUGGACGUUCUGGAACUAUGUAAGGCUGCCGUUCGUAUUCUGCACCUUGAGGGUCCAUCCUAUCAUUUAGCAGCAAUAAAAGGUCUGAUGGGACAAACAUACAACAGGAUAGGCAAUGCCAGAAAUGGACACCGGUUGUUGUCUGAGGCACUGGCUAUGCUUGCUGGUAUUGAGCGGUCAGUGAUGGUCACGCGAAGAGAAGUGGCGCUAUUGUCUCAUCUAGCAAUAUCUGAAGUGUAUCUAGAAAACCAUAGCAAUUCGGAAAGAACAGUAGAUCGAGGUCUACAUAUAGCUUGUCGGGAGACACCUCAUCAUCCUGCCAUUGCCGUCAUGCUCAAUACAAUGGGCUUGAUGUGGGAAAACUCUGGGCGGAGCCAUGUCAAUGCUUUGCAAUACUACAAGUGGUCCUUGAAGGAAAGAAGAAAGCAUUCCUACUUCAAAGAGGAGAACCUCGUCCCAGCUUUACUCAAUGUGUCUUUACAGUUCGUUCGGACAGGGAGAUACAGCGAUGCCCUGAGCAAUCUGGAGGAGGCCAUGGAAAUCCGCAAACGGUUUGGAUGGAUUAAUCACUUCACAGCGGUGACACUAUGGUAUAGCGGGGUUGUCUAUAUGCAACUAGGCAACUUUUCACGGGCAUUGGAUACCAUUCAGCAAGCCUUUAAAAUUCUUGAAAUGUGUACACCGCAACACCCUGCAAUCUUCGGUGUUGGUGCUGGUAUAGCUCAUUGUCACUUAGCUAUGAAAGACGAAUACAAUGCAAGAAGAGCAUUCAGUCAAAUAAUAGCGAAGUAUCACACAAUCAAAACAGAUGAUGUCUCAGUUAAGAUUGGCGCACUACGUCAUUGUUUGCUGUUAGGUGAUUCACAUCAAAGAAAAAAUACGUUUUUGUGUUUACAAAGGGAAUUGCUGGACAUAACAGACACAAACUUGAAUAUCGAACAACAAAUUUCAGAAUGCAGGGAUAUCUAUUUAGCAAAUGAGGAGGAAAACUGGAAUGAAAACGGGCGCAUAUUGUUAAGUAAACAUUGUUCACUAUGCCAAAAUGGGUAUCGUGUCUUUUCAUAUUGCGAAAACGCUGCUUGUGACAAGAAUUUAACCGCGACACAAAUGCAGUCGUCGGGAUCGUUUGAUAAGGAUUUAAAAAAGACACACAGACAACCGUCAGAAUCGGUUGACAAGGAUUUAGACGAGACAGAAAGACAACUGGCAGAAUCGGUUGAGAAGGAUUUAGUAGAGACUGAAAGACAACUGGCAGAAUCGGUCGACAAGGAUUUAACCGAGACACAAAGACAACCGUCAGAAUCGGUUUACAAGGAUUUAACCGAAACACGAAGACAACCGUCAGAAUCAGCUGACAAGGAUUUAACCAAAAUACAAAGACAACUGUCGGAAUCGGUUGACACGGAUUAUGCCAAGACGCAAAGACGGCUGGUAGGAUGGGUUUACAAGGAUUUAAUCGAGACAAGAAGACAACCGUCAGAAUCGGUUGACAAGGAUUUAGUCGAGACAGAAAGACAACUGGCAGAAUCGGUUGACAAGGAUUUAGUAGAGACUGAAAGACAACUGGCAGAAUCGGUCGACAAGGAUUUAACCGAGAUACAAAGACAACCGUCAGAAUCGGUUUACAAGGAUUUAACCGAAACACGAAGACAACCGUCAGAAUCAGCUGACAAGGAUUUAACCAAAAUACAAAGACAACUGUCGGAAUCGGUUGACACGGUUAUGCAAAGACGCAAAGACGGCUGGUAGGAUGGGUUUACAAGGAUUUAAUCGAGACAAGAAGACAACCGUCAGAAUCGGUUGACAAGGAUUUAGUCGAGACAGAAAGACAACUAGCAGAAUCGGUUGACAAGGAUUUAGUCGAGACAGAAAGACAAUUAGCAGAAUUGGUUGAGAAGGAUUUAGUCGAGACAGAGAGACAACUAGCAGAAUCAAUUGACAAGGACUUAACCGAGACACAAAGAUAACCAACAGAAUCGGUUGACAAGGAUUUAGCCGAGACCCAAGGACAGUUAUCGAAAUCUUUUGAAAAGGAUUUAGACGUGACACAAAGACAGUCAUCAGAAUAAUUCAAUACGGAUUUUACCGAGACACAAACAUAGCCGUCAUUUGACAGGGAUUUAACUAUGACGGGAAGAUCAACUGCAGAAUCAUGGGACAAGUAAUUAAUAAGGAUACUAUGGCAAUCUUGUGGAAACAAUUUAACCGAGACACAAUGUCUGGCCACAUUAUCUGGCAAUGAUUUGACAGGAGAAAAUGGCAAUCAACGGAAUCGUUUAAGAAUGAUAUAACCGAAAUACAAAGACAAACCUCAAAAUCGUGUAAUAAGGAAAUAAGCUGAAUGAGUUCAAGAAUCUGACGAAUGAAGUAUUGCCGAAUCACAGAAUUUAAACUACUUGAAAUGUGUGGAAGCAGUGUUUGACCUUGUACAACCCAAGUUAGAACAUCAGGACAAGAAACUAUAUUCAAUGUAAUUAAAA